GAGCCCAGCGGUGCCUGUAACGCUGCUGCGUCCCUGAGGGGAGCGGCCUGGCCCAGCAGGUGCGGGCCCGCGCCCAUCAGCGCGCCCUAUAAAGGCGGAGCCGGCGGCGGAGGCGCCUCCAGCGAUCCCGGCAGGAUGGGGGAGCCGGAGUCGGAGCCGGUUCGCAAGACCCACAUGAACAUCGUGAUCAUCGGCCACGUGGACUCGGGUAAAUCCACCACCACCGGCCACCUCAUCUACCAGUGCGGGGGGCUGGAGCCCCGGCUGCUGGAGAAGCUGGAGGCCGCGGCUAGCCAGGUGGGGAAAGGCUCCUUCAAGUUCGCCUGGGUGCUGGACAAGCUGAAGGCGGAGCGGGAGCGGGGCAUCACCAUCGACAUCUCGCUGUGGAAGUUCCACACGCGCCGCUUCUCCAUCACCAUCAUCGACGCGCCGGGCCACCGCGACUUCAUCAAGAACAUGCUGACCGGCACCUCCCAGGCGGACGCCGCGGUGCUGAUGGUCUCGGCCGCGCCCGGGGAGUUCGAGGCCGGCGUGUCCCGGCAGGGGCAGACCCGCGAGCACGCCCUGCUGGCCUAUACCCUGGGCGUCAAGCAGCUGCUGCUCUGCGUCAACAAGAUGGACCUGACCGAGCCGCCCUACAGCCAGCGGCGCUUCGAGGAGGUGGUGCGGGGCGUCAGCCUCUACCUGCGCAGGAUCGGCUACAGCCCCGCCGCGGUGCCCUGCGUGCCGGUGUCCGGCUGGGCCGGCGAGAACGUCACCCUGCCCAGCGCCAAGAUGCCAUGGUUCAAAGGCUGGAAGGUCAAACGGAAGGAAGGCUUUGGGAAGGGGCAGACACUCCUGGAAGCGCUAGAUUCUCUCCUGCCUCCUGUGCGGCCCAGUAACAAACCCCUGAGGGUGCCUCUGCAGGACGUCUACAAGAUCGGAGGAAUUGGCACUGUACCAGUGGGGAAGAUAGAGACAGGCAUCCUCAAGCCGGGCAUGAACAUCUCCUUUGCCCCUGCAAACCUCUCGGCAGAGGUCAGAACCAUUGAAAUGCACCAUGAGCCACUGCAGGUGGCUUUUCCUGGUUAUAAUGUGGGCUUCAACAUAAAGAACAUUGCAGUCAAGAACCUGAGACGGGGCUAUGUAGCUGGCAACUCCAGGAGUGACCCCCCAGCAGCAGCAGCCCACUUCACUGCUCAGGUGAUCAUCCUGAAUCAUCCUGGCUUUAUCAAGGCUGGCUACUCCCCAGUGGUAGACUGUCACACUGCUCAUGUCACCUGCCAGUUUGCUGAGCUCUUUGAGAAGAUUGACCGUCGAUCUGGGGAGAAGCUGGAGGACAAUCCCUCCGUGCUGAAGUCUGGAGACUCUGCUACCAUCAGACUUGUACCUAAGAAGCCUCUGUGUGUGGAGCGGUUUUUUGACUAUCCCCCUUUAGGUCGCUUUGCAGCUCGGGACUUGAAGCAGACUGUUGCUGUUGGAGUCAUCAAAUCUGUGGAAAAGAAGCCUGCGGGUGUCACUAGAAAACAGGCGCAGAAAGCUCUGCUUAUUAAGUGAAAUGGGUUCUUUUCCCUUUUUUGUUUAAAGCCAAUUUAAUUGAAAGAUGCCUUUAAUGUAAUAAGGUUAAUUUGAGAUGGACUUUUGUUUUGCUUAACUCCAAAUUGGGAUGAUUGUUUUAUGGUUGGUUCAGAGCCAGCAACAUUAUCUGAACAUUAAAAGCCUCUUCAUCUCAGAGGCCUGCAUCUAGUUUAAUAAAGAAAUCAUUUGAGA